GGCGCCUCGACGUCCGGCGACACUUGAGUCAGUGCGUCGCGCGACGACACUCGUACGUGCAUCCACGUGCUCCGUCGAUUUCGUUCGUGCAUCUCGAUCUAAAUGUUCGCGUCGCGCGUGUAAUAUGUGUUACUGAGGAAUUCCUGAAUCUUCUUGCGUGAAUGUUUGCCACGACGUACAAACGCGCGGCCCAGAAGACGUUGCGUAUUCGGUACGUGAUGCCGGCGGCGCACCUGACGCUGCGCGAGGAGGAUGUGGUGCGCCUGACCUUGGAGUUCCUCCACAGCCGCGACCUUCACAUCUCGCAGCUCUCGCUCGAGCGCGAGACAGGCGUGAUAAACGGCCAGUACAGCGACGACGUGCUUUUCCUGCGCCAGCUGAUCCUCGACGGGCAAUGGGACGACGUGCUCGAGUUCAUCCAGCCGCUGGAAGCGCUGUCGGACUUCGACAUGAGGAAGUUCACGUACUCGAUCCUGCGCCACAAGUACGUCGAGCUGCUGUGCAUCAAGUCCGAGGCGAACGUUAUCGCCGCCGGGACGAACGGCAGCGUCGACAACGCCGUCGAGGAGGUCGUUAAGGUGUUGAACGAUCUCGAAAAGUUCGCGCCUUCCAAGGAGGAAUACAGCAGCCUGUGUCUGUUGCUUACUCUACCGCGGUUGACGGAUCACCUGCAGUACAAGGACUGGAAUCCUAGUAACGCGAGGGUACAAUGUUUCCGCGAGGUUCACCCGUUGGUAGAGAAAUUCCUGCCGGGCGACAGGAAGAGCGCCGAUCCCGCACAUCCGAUUACCUCGGCGAAAAACGAUCGACUCAUUCAGCUUAUUAUCAAGGGCAUUUUGUAUGAGUCCUGCGUAAAUUAUUGUCAGGCGAAAGCUACCGGGUCGAAAGAGAGCGAACAGGUAGAGAUGAGUUUUUCGAGGCUAUUAGAUGGGUCCGUGGGCUUUAGCGAUUCGGACUUGAGCUUGCUCUCGUGGCUUCAAAGUAUACCUCCCGAGACGUUCGCCGUACCCUUUGCACAAAGAACCCUAAAUGUCGACGUGGAACGCCUGGAGAGGCCCUCCUUGGAGACUUCGUGGACGGAGCACAUGCUGAUAACGCCGAUCAAGCCGAAGACUUUCCCGCACAGCGCCAUGCCGUUCACCAGGCCGAGAUCCGCCGCGGAUAUGAUGUCCCGUAGCCUAGUGCCGGCUCUGGAGGCUGGCCUCGGGCCCAGGAGUCCCAAGAACACGUCGAUACCAUCGGCGGCACUUAUGGCGCUAUCCGUCGGCGACGUAAACCCGAUGUCGAGGUCGUCGUUUGCUAGCUUCCAUUUGACCGGGUUCAAGAACAACAAGUUGAUGAAUACUAGCGUCGAUAGGCUCUUCGAGAACGAGGGCGACGUCUUCCUUAGCUCGAAUUACGCCGAGUUCCAACAACUACCCUCGAUACAAGAGGCUGCGAUGAAUGCUCAACCUAAGGCUCCGCCGAGGACUCGCGGACACUCCAAAAGCCCCGAUGGCGUGGAAGCGGACCCUUCAGCAACGUCCACGCCAGAGCGCAGAGUGCCCGGAAGGGAAUCGCCGGCGCCUUCGACCGCCAGAAGUUCCAGACGGGACUCCCUGACGGAAAAGCCUACGGGAGUCGCGGCCAAAAUUACAGACCCAUCCGUGGUACCGAUUAGAGCGAUGGUGGCUCCCAGCGACAACCUCGAACAAAGUUACAACGGUGGCCUAUUUAAGGAAUACCAGAAACAGAAACAAAGGUUGCAGGAGACCAUCCAGCAAAAGGAAAGAGAGAGGGACGAAUUAGUCAGGCAGCUAGCUACGCCGUUACCUAUGCAAGUAGCAGAUAAUAGACUGCAGGGAGAAGGGAUAAAGCAGCCUUUGGGAAGCAAAGGACCUUCGCCCGUUCACACGAGUACACCUGUCCGGUCUGGAAUCCAGUCACCGAAGCCUACGAUCAAUGGAUCGGAUCCAGUCGCGAGGCAAAACUCGGUGUUAAGCGGCAUUUACGAUUCAAGGGUAUCGGAGGGGCAUUACGACAUCAUCAACUCGAAGCAAGAGCCGAGGCCGGAACUCGAGACCAGCAAUGGAAGCAGCAACGGCGGCGGUAGACCGCGUUUCGUUCCCGUCACCGCCCUGGAGGACGUGCAGGCAAUCCGCUGCGCCGAAUUUCACCCCCAUGGGAAGUUGUACGCCGUGGGAUCGAAUUCGAAGACGCUGCGAAUAUGCGCUUACCCGAAGCUGCACGAUGUCAGGGAGGAUCAUCAGACAUAUCAACCUACCGUUCUCUUCAAGAGAACGAAGCAUCACAAAGGCUCCAUAUACUGCCUCGCGUGGACACCGGACGGUCGGCUGAUCGCGACCGGAAGCAACGACAAAACUGUGAAGUUAAUGCGCUUUAACGCCGAUACGUCGAAUCUCGAAGGGCAAGAGGUCGAAUUGACUAUGCACGAUGGUACAGUGCGCGACCUGUGCUUCCUCGAGGACACGUCGAACAAGUCGAGCCUUCUGAUCAGCGGUGGUGCUGGCGAUUGCAAGAUUUACGUUACCGAUUGCACGACCGGUACACCUUUCCAAGCCUUGAGCGGCCACAGCGGCCACGUGCUGACGCUUUACAACUGGGGCGGAGCGAUGUUCGUCAGCGGAUCGCAGGAUAAAACAGUCAGAUUCUGGGAUCUGAGGACGAGAAGCUGCGUCAAUAUGGUUACACCUGCGACGGUACCUGGCAGCCGGCAUCUGAUUCCACUACAGGUCGGUAGUCCCGUGGCUGCGCUGUGCGUGGAUCCGUCUGGCCGACUGUUGGUGUCCGGCCACGAAGACAGCAGCUGCGUUCUCUUCGACAUUCGCGGCGGCAGAACGGUGCAGUGCUUCAAACCCCACGCAGCAGAUAUCAGGAGCAUACGAUUCUCACCGUCGGCGUAUUACUUAUUGACGGCGGGAUACGACAACAAAUUGGUACUCACGGACUUGCAAGGCGAUCUUACAAUGCCUCUACCUAGCGUCGUAGUCGCUCAACAUCAGGACAAAGUCAUCUCCGGACGUUGGCAUCCGACGGAGUUCUCGUUUCUCAGUACUUCCGCCGACAAAACUGCAACCCUGUGGGCCUUACCGCCUGUCUAAAGGCCCGACAUGAUAACGCACCGUUAUUUAUUUACCUGUUCUUUAAGGACAUUUUAACGUAACAAUUCAUCUUUGGACAAUAUUGUCAGACUUGUUUUUUUUUUUUUUUACAUUGAAUUGAUUCCACAAAAGAUUCAGACUUUAAUUUUGACUCGUAAAUAAUCGCAUAGAUAUUAUAACUGCAAAAAGUGAAAUUUCGAAUGAUAUUCUAACAUAUUUUUGCAUAUUUGCACACAAUUAAUUAUUUUUUAAAUGACCAAUUAAAACUCUGAUUUAGUAACGACUGCGUCAUUAAACUCGCAGCGUAAUGCAUUGAUACGAGUAAAGCAUUUAAAUGAGUAAAACGUAACACGCUUUGAAGACUCGGGCUAGGGAGUAAAGAACGCGUAAAUCACGUGAUAUCGGACAAACAUCGGUAGGAUUGUUUUUAGCUAUGAAUUUAAUAUCGGGAGUCACAAGACUGCGGACGAUCCCUCGCUUCGACAUUGUUUUACAACUGCGCGAAGUGAGAUCGUAAUAUACAUCGUGAGAUUUAAAAUAUCUGUUCUUUUGCACAACACGAGAAUAUAUAGGUUUUCAGAUUUCGAAGAUGUUUUUUUUUUUUUCAGGAAUUACGCACGCGUACUUAUUAGAACCGCGAUGCAAUAUGUCCCCUUUCCCGGUCUCUUCUUUAACAUAAUUUCGUUAUAAUCAGAGACGCCUGUAUUGUAGAUACAUUGACCUUAGUUAAGGAAAUUUUAGGAAUACAAUACUCACGCUCCUGUACAGAGGACGUUUUAAUUUCUAGUUUUAAACGCUCUCUUACUUUCGCAUCUCAGUAUCGCAUCGUUGCAUCGUUUCACAACGUUUUAAGUAGAAAUAUUCGUUCGAUUUACUUUGUUCUUGUUUCAUUGCAAAAACUUGUUGCCACAAUUGUUGCAACGUGCGCGCGCGCGUGCGCGUUUAAUUUACAUAGAUGCUCAUACUUCCAUCUUCAUGUUAUGUCAACUCACAAGCCAAAUAUACACACACGCGUUCUAGUACAUAGUAGAUAUAUAUAUAUAUUAUAUAUAUACAUCUGUAUUUGCGAAAGAAAUUAUAAUACGUACGCUCAUACUAAUCGCUAUUUUUUACGGACUAAAAUAAUAUAAAUCGAGAGAAUUUAUCCGAGCGUCAAGCAAUUACGCGACUCGUCGCGACACGUGACUAAGCUUACGCGAUUCGCGCAAAGAAGAUAGUAUUCUUUAGUAAUAUAAAGUCAUAAGGACUAACAAUUAGACUUAAGUUGCUUGUCGCAAUCGCCAAAGCUCGCAGUAACAGCGAAACAGUGAGAAAAAAGAGGGAGAGAAUAGCGCGCGUCACUUUGCGCAAUUUUCUCAUCGAUUGUAGCGAUUCGAUGGUUGAACAUGGGACGAAGAUUUUGUAAAUACACGUUCAUCGGCAAUUGAACUCGGCGAAUCCUUUGAUUUACUCAUUAAUCUGUCGGGUGAUGAUGAUGCAACCAUAUCAUUGUUUGUUUUAUCCCUACUUCGACGUCAACGUUGUUAAGAGCGAGUCUUAAUUUGUCCUGUUAGCAUAUCUUUUCAGCGUACGGACAAAUCAUAUGUAUUUUAAGAUCGCGAGUGUAUUCAAGGAGAAUGGUAAAGAGAUAUUACAGAAGUAUAAGAGGUAGUGAAAGCAGAAUAAAGGGAAAACGGGUGAAUAGGAUGGUUAAAGUUAAACGCUUGCUAAAUAAAUUCAUGAUCUUUCACGUUCAAUCAUUCACAAGAUCGCAUGGAAUAACAUUUACUAGAGUUGAUUACUUUCCCUCCUGUAGGAAAAAAGACUUUUUGAUAAAAUGAAAUUGUUACGAAUAUAUCAUUCGUUUUUUAAUUGUUUUUUGUCGCUCAGUUUACAAUAUAUGACUUUGACAGAAAUUCGAAAUUUCAUGAAUAUAGACAGUCGAGAUGAUCGAACUGCGAAAUACUUAUGUAUUCGUGAAAACUCAAUUUUUAGCAAUUCUGUGAAUGUGUUUCGUAUCUUGUUGUGUAACAACUUCUUUUUCCACGCAUUUUGUAAUGAUUGACGAAAGGAGAUCAGAAUGGCGAUGGCGAGCAAACGGAAUGGGACGGAAGCGAUUAUUUGUUAAUAGCAAUUCAAUGCAACUCAUCUGCUUCCAUGUAGCAAUUUAUCGUGCCUUCUGUCGUGGCUGCUUUCGGCGAUUUAUAUUUAUUUUUGUAUUUUUUCGUGAGCUCUUUUCCUCCCCAUCCGCCUCCUCACAUUCCCACAGCAGUAAUUCCUCUCUCCUCUUAUUUCACAAUAUAUCCAAACGAGUUCGUAAACGUUCUAAAAUAAAAAAAAACUCAUUAUCUCAUACUCGAGUAUUACCGCAUAACGCACUAUAUAUACAUAUGGCAUAACUUAUAACUUUGUACUUUUCUUGUAGAUACGAUAUAUGUCACGUCUAAUUUAAACAAUAAAAUUUACGUUAUUAA